UGCUUAUAGUUUCUCUAAAUUUUAAAGGCGCUGCCGAGAGUUUAGGAAUGCUUUCUAAAUCUGACUUUUGUCAAUGCUUAAAAACAAUGUGACAGUAGGAGGCAGGCAAGCUGUAUGAGCAGCUUUGUUCAAAUCACGCACACACAGAUUACCCCUCGUGAGCGCGCACUGAGGACUGUUGUUGCUAUGAUGCAAUGGCGACUGCGCCGUGGGAAGCAGGCGAGGAGUUGAAUGAGUUUCCUCCACAGUUGAGGAGAAGCUGCCGCCGACAGCCACGGACACACUCAGAGAAACCUUCCCGGACUCGUUGCAUGGAAACCCGGAGCCAGGUGUGUCCUCUAGCGCUGCAGCUUUGCGCGUCAUGAAGGUUGGAGAGAUUUCACGCACCUCUGCAGGAGAAGCAGCAACACCCUGAUCGCUCCGAGCGCAUUUAUCUCCCAUUGUUAUUUAGACGCGUUUUUCCCCUCAUCUGUUCUGCGGACCUUUUUCUCUACUGGAGCGCCAUGGCUGAGAGAACCUCCGCCGGGUUUCUCUCCAUGAUGCUGGAGCCCACACCGGCGGUGGCGAUGAGCCUCCCGGCGGAGGUCCGGGAGAAGCUGGCGGAGCUGGAGCUGGAGCUGUCUGAAGGAGACAUCACUCAGAAGGGCUAUGAGAAAAAAAGAAGCAAGCUGCUGGCGCCUUACAUCCCACAGAUACAAGGUGUAGAUCCAUCUUUGCAAAUUGACAACAGAAUCCAGGCCUCUUCCCAAGCUGUUCUUCCAGUUUCCAAACAUAACAAGUCCCGAGCCGGCAAUGCCCGAGAUGAGCGCUUCAGAUCUGAUCUGCACACAGAGGCUGUCCAAGCUGCAUUGGCAAAGUACAAAGAGAGGAAGAUGCCCAUGCCCUCAAAGAGACGAUCUGUGUUAGUUCAGUCUUCAGUCGAGGCGUGUACCCCUCCAGACACCUCCUCAGCAUCAGAAGAUGAGGGCUCACUGCGAAGGCAGGGACGCCUAGGCACGUCCACGCCCUAUCAGGGCCACAGCCACCCAGCCGUCGAACACUGGUUCAACCGUGUCAUCCAAGGGUCGUCCACCUCCUCCUCUGCUUCAUCCACCUCAUCCCACCCAGGAGGCAGAUCUGUCACUAACAGCACCGCCCACGCUGCCCUCAACGCCAACGCCGCAGCAACAGCCCUUGCGGACCUCAUGGCACACACCCAACUUGACACCCCGCUCAUCACAGAUAACCACUCAGCACCCCCCGACGUGACGGGGCUGUCCGAGCGCUCCUCCAUUCACCUGGAGCGGCCCCUGGUGGGCUCCAUGCGAGGCCUUUCCCGCAGCUACAAUCACCACGCCAGCAUGAUGGAGACCGCAGAUGGCUGUGAGUGGGGUGGUGAAGGAUCCCUGACUUUAAUUGAUGGUGUUCCUGUCAACAGUCGUGUCUCCAACAAAAUCCAGCAGCUGCUAAAUACAUUAAAGAGACCAAAGCGUCCACCAUUGCGUGAGUUCUUUGUUGACGACUUCGAGGAGCUUUUAGAUGUCCAGCAGCCAGAUCCCAACCAGCCCAGGCCAGAAGGCCAGCAGAUGAGCCCCCUAGAAGGAGAGCCACUCGGGGUGGUCACCAACUGGCCUCCUUCAUUGCCAGCAGCCCUGCAAAGGUGGGGAACCACUCAUCCAAAGAGCCCCUGUCUGACAGCACUAGACAACGCUGGCAAGCCUGUCUACACACUCACCUACGGUAAACUGUGGACCCGCAGUCAGAAGCUGGCCUACACUUUGCUUAACAAGCUGAGCAGCAGAAAUGAGCCUUUGCUAAUUCCUGGAGACAGAGUCGCCCUGGUGUUCCCCAACAGCGACCCGGUGAUGUUCAUGGUGGCCUUCUACGGCUGUCUCCUGGCAGAGCUGGUGCCGGUGCCCAUUGAAGUGCCGCUGACCAGAAAGGAUGCAGGCAGUCAGCAGAUCGGCUUUCUUUUAGGAAGCUGUGGGGUCACGUUGGCGCUGACCACUGAUGCUUGUCAGAAAGGCCUGCCCAAAGCACAAACAGGGGAGGUCGCAACUUUUAAAGGCUGGCCACGUCUGCUUUGGUUUGUAACAGAUGGGAAACAUGUAGUGAAGCCUCCAAAAGACUGGCACCCGCCAAUACGGGAAGCCAGCAAUGAUAUCGCUUAUAUAGAAUAUAAAACCAGCAAAGAGGGAAGCACCAUGGGAAUUACCGUGUCCAAUUCAGCCAUGCUGGCUCACUGUCAGGCCGUCACACAGGCCUGUGGCUACACAGAAGGUGAGACCAUUACCAAUGUUCUGGACUUUAAGCGAGAAGCAGGAUUGUGGCAUGGUGUCCUCAUGAGCGUCAUGAAUCGGAUGCAUGUCAUCAGCAUUCCCUACUCCUUGAUGAAAGUCAACCCCCUGUCCUGGAUACAGAAAGUUCACAUGUACAAAGCGAGGGUAGCUGUGGUGAAGUCCAGGGACAUGCACUGGUCUCUGCUGGCCCAGAGAGACCAGAGAGACAUCAGUCUGAGCUCUCUUCGGAUGCUGAUCGUGGCCGAUGGUGCUAACCCAUGGUCGAUAUCGUCCUGCGACGCCUUCCUAAACGUGUUUCAGGCACGUGGGCUCCGACCUGAGGUGAUCUGUCCAUGUGCCAGCUCCUCAGAGGCAAUGACUGUCGCCAUCCGCAGACCUCCAGAGAUGGGUGUUCCUCCUCCGGGCAAAGCAGUGCUGUCCAUGAGCGGGCUGAGUCACGGUGUGAUCCGAGUAGACACGGAGGAGAAACUCUCUGUCCUCACAGUGCAGGAUGUGGGGCAGGUCAUGCCUGGAGCCCUUGUUUGCGUGGUGCGAGUAGAGGGAACACCUUUUCUCUGUCAGACAGACGAGGUUGGAGAGAUCUGCGUCAGCUCAGGCAGCUCUGGUUUAACAUACUACGGUCUCCCAGGAAUGACCAAGAACGUCUUUGAAACGAUCCCAGUGAAAGCCUCUGGAGUUCCCAUCAUUGACAGACCUUUCACCAGAACCUCACUGCUCGGCUUUGUUGGUCCAGACAACCUGGUGUUUGUCAUUGGGAAGAUGGAUGGCCUCAUGGUGGUCUCUGGCCGGAGACACAAUGCAGAUGACGUGGUUGCCACGGCGCUGGCUGUAGAGCCAAUGAAGUUUGUCUACAGGGGAAGGAUUGCAGUGUUUUCUGUGUCGGUCCUACAUGACGAGAGAAUCGUUGUUGUGGCCGAGCAAAGGCCAGAUUCCUCAGAGGAGGACAGCUUCCAGUGGAUGAGCCGUGUCCUUCAGGCUAUCGACAGCAUCCACCAGGUAGGGGUGUACUGCUUAGCUCUGGUGCCUGCCAACACUCUCCCUAAAGCUCCCUUGGGUGGUAUCCAUAUAUCUGAGACCAAGCAGCGCUUCCUGGAGGGCGCCCUGCAUCCCUGCAACGUCCUCAUGUGUCCUCACACAUGUGUGACCAACCUGCCCAAACCGAGACAAAAACAACCAGAGGUCGGCCCUGCUUCUAUGAUAGUGGGAAACUUGGUGGCAGGCAAGAGGAUAGCACAAGCCUGCGGUAGAGACCUGGGGCAGCUGGAGGACAAUGACCAGGCACGUAAGUUCCUCUACAUCCAGGAUGUGCUACAGUGGAGAGCUCAGGCCACUCCGGAUCAUCCUCUGUUCCUCGUUCUCAAUUCUAAGGGCACAGUGGCAAGCACAGCUUCCUGCCUGCAGCUGCACAAGCGUGCAGAGCGAGUGGCAGCAGCUCUGCUGGGACGCCUCAACACUGGGGACCACGUAGCGCUUGUCUACCCACCAGGAAUCGACCUUAUUGCAACCUUCUACGGUUGCCUGUAUGCUGGGUGUGUCCCAGUCACUGUUAGACCUCCACACCCACAGAACCUGGCCACCACCCUGCCUACUGUCAAAAUGAUUGUCGAGGUCAGUAAGUCAGUGUGUAUCUUGACAACCCAAGCAACAAUGAAGCUGCUAAAAUCCAAAGAGGCUGCUGCAGCUGUAGACAUCAAGAGCUGGCCCACAGUGAUGGACACAGAUGAUUUGCCCAGGAAGAAAUGUCCUCAGACAUACAAACCCCCAACACCAGAGAUGUUAGCUUACCUAGACUUCAGUGUCUCCACUACUGGGAUCCUGGCAGGGGUCAAAAUGUCUCAUUCUGCCACCAGUGCCUUGUGUCGUUCCAUCAAGCUGCAGUGUGAGCUCUACCCUUCCCGACAGAUCGCCAUCUGUCUGGACCCUUACUGCGGCCUGGGGCUGGCCCUCUGGUGCCUGUGCAGUGUUUACUCUGGACACCAGUCGAUCCUUGUUCCUCCUCUGGAGCUGGAGACUAAUGCUUCACUUUGGCUGACUGCUGUCAGCCAGUACAAAGUCCGCGUCACCUUCUGCUCAUAUUCAGUCAUGGAGAUGUGCACCAAGGGUCUGGGCUCACAGACUGAAGCUCUACGGUUGAGAAACGUAAAUCUGUCGUGUGUUCGAACGUGCAUGGUGGUGGCAGAGGAACGGCCUCGUAUCAGCCUCACUCAGUCCUUCUCAAAGAUCUUCAAAGACUUGGGGUUAUCACCGCGAGCUGUCAGCACCACCUUCGGCUGCAGGGUGAACGUGGCAAUCUGUUUGCAGGGAACAUCUGGACCAGAUCCCACUACUGUUUAUGUGGACAUGAGAGCUCUACGGCACGAUAGGGUCCGCCUAGUGGAGAGAGGAUCCCCUCACAGUCUGCCCCUGAUGGAGUCUGGGAAGAUCCUUCCAGGAGUGAAAGUGGUCAUUGCCAACACAGAGACCAAAGGACCUUUAGGAGACUCACAUCUAGGAGAGAUCUGGGUUAGCAGUCCUCACAACGCCACAGGCUACUACACAGUUUAUGGUGAAGAGGCGCUGCAUGCCGACCACUUCAACACUAAGCUCAGCUUUGGAGACACCCAGACGGUUUGGGCAAGAACCGGUUAUCUGGGCUUCUUGCGACGCACCGACCUCACUGACGCCAGUGGAGAGCGUCACGAUGCUCUCUAUGUGGUGGGGUCUCUUGAUGAAACUCUGGAGCUGAGGGGGAUGAGGUAUCACCCCAUCGACAUUGAGACAUCUGUUAUCCGUGCUCAUAAGAGCAUAGCUGAAUGUGCUGUGUUCACAUGGACCAACCUCCUGGUGGUGGUGGUGGAGCUGGAGGGAUCCGAGCAAGAGGCCCUGGACCUGGUGGCCUUGGUUACAAACGUCGUCCUGGAAGAGCACUACCUAAUUGUGGGAGUGGUGGUGGUGGUGGACCCUGGAGUGAUUCCUAUUAACUCCAGAGGGGAGAAGCAACGGAUGCACCUCAGAGAUGGAUUCCUGGCCGACCAGCUGGACCCAAUUUAUGUGGCGUACAACAUGUGAGGAGCUUUUCUGCAGGAGGAUUAGCUCCUCUCCUGCUUUUUUAAAAUCCCAAUCCUGGUGACAGCAAGACAGAGAUGCCUUGUGUGAUGCAUGGCCUUAAUAGAGAGACUUUUGCCCUUUAGCACUCAAAGGAAUGAAAAACCAAAUGGAUACACGACUUCCCAGCAGGUAUAAGACUGAUACAAACCUCACAUCUGUUUCCAAUGUGGACAUCAGCAAAGAUAUUUUUAAAGGGCAUUUUUCUUUCACGGAUGUGAGUUUUGGAUAUAUGACUUAGCUCCGGCCUCUUCAAACCCAGGUGCAGCACAGCAGGAGGAUUUUAGUUUGAUGCUUCAGAGUGCCAAUAAAUGUAAUUUAUUUUGUUAGCUUAUAAAGGGUGAAUGUUAAGCGUGAGCAUGUGCCAGUGCACCAAACAUGAUGCAAAACAUUGUGUUUAGAGCUUUGCGUGUUAGGUCCGAUACUUUUCAUGGAAAAUCUGUAUUUUAUGAGCAGAUCCUGACAUUAAAGCGGUCCUCCUAAUUUUAGUCCCCAUGCCUUGAUGAAGGAACACAAAGAAUGUUAGUUGUGGUUUGCUGUUAUAACACGAUGUGAGUCAAACACACAGUUUUCUUGUCCUUGAGGGUUCACUCAUUCCUCCUUACACAUGCACACACACAGAAAAACAAGAUUCUCAGCUAUUUGAAAGGACAAACAUCAAAUUAACUAAUCAUUUAUUUAUUAAAAUUACAGGUCGGGUCAUUGUUAUACACAGAAAAUAUAGAGAACUUUUUGAAAUUACAUAAUGAAUAUGAGGGAGGCCACAGCUGAGGUCCAUAUAUAAACACAUACUAAUUAGUGACUUUUAAAGCACUAAUAUGCAACAGUUAUUAGCUUUUAAUGGAGCUAUUGAUUUACUACGAUUUUUAAACACUGUUAUGUCUUAGAAAAACAGAAAACAUGUUUUUGUUCUAACGAAUUUGCAUUUCAGCUAUGACAUUUAGAUAGUAGGGUCAGAAACUAGCAUAAACGAUUAUAUGCACUUAUCCAUUCAGAAUGGUUUCAGGCUGGAUUAGGUGGUGUUACAGUUUGGGGGUAUUUUCUUCUCUUACAUCUGGAAUCAUAAAUCUUAGAGGAGCAUAUCUUAAUUGCUACUGCCAAAGUAUGACACUUACAGCAUGUACAUCCUUUUCUGGUUGCAGUAUACCCCCCUUUAGACAGCAGGCUCCGAAAGGAUAACAUGCCAGGUCACAAAGCUCCAGUCAUCUCAAACUGGAUUAAAAAAUAUUCAAAUAAUUUUAAUCCUUCAGUCAGUCGAUCUAAUUAGAAGAGGAGAUUUCAAAUGUGUGAAUCUGCAGUUAUUGAAAGCCCCUUUCAUCUAAAUAUGGACCAAAAUCAGAGUGAUGUAUCAGACGUCUUGUUGACUACAUGCCACACAACUUUAAAGUAGUUCCGAAGGCAAAAUGGAGUCCAGCACAACUGUAGCAAGCAAAGUAUAACUAAAAAAUGUGGCCAGAGUUCGUUCCAUUUUCAAUUCUCGAUGUAUCAUCAUACUUUCUGCUCACAUGGGGCUUUUUAGCUGUGCAUGUGUGACUCGCAUCGCACAGCAACUCAUAUCAGGUUGUAACGGUUUCUUGUGUCCCUUGCCUUUUAAAUAAACUCCACUUCAUUUUAAUCUCUUUUUUUUAUCUUAACAUGUUAAACAGUUACUGUUAAGUUUUACCAUGUGAUGCAUGCAAUGUGAAGGAUGUAGUUUUAAAUGACUUCAUACACUAAGUGCGGAUCGGUUUAAGUCAAACGAGGGACAGAAAUAGGAUUAUGAUUGUUGAUUUCUGUUAGCUGUGAGCUAAAGAAUAUAAAUGAAGCCUUAAGUGUUUUUUAGGAUGCCUGUUUCUAUUCCAGCUCCAUUUGACUGUGAUAGAGAGGGAAAAUUGGUAUAUUUACAGAUAUUUUGGGUUAACAUGCACUUGAUUAAAAACAUAAGUCAAUCUAAACAAACUCCAUAAACAUUUCUAGGAUUCUUCUUUUUUUUUUUCUUUUAAAUGUGCUGAAAUCAUUUCCAGAAGGUUUAGCCGAAUUUUUUUGUGCCAUAAGGCUGAAUGAGAGUUUGACCUUUAAAUGUACCAUAUUAAAUAACUGUCCAGAAUAUCAGAUCACCCUUUUAUGGUUUCCCUUUUGUUUUGAUUGUUUCUCCUUUAAUUUGAAAAACCCUUCAGACACGAACUCCAGCCUUGUAAGUAUGUACAGAUUUUUUGUAAAUUAUUUUUGAUGAGGAGACAAUAGGAGAGCCCAAAUAAGACUAAUUCUGCCAUAUCUGUGAAUUUCUCGCUCACGUACCUUGUAAAGAUGUUUUAUGGUGGGGAUGGACACUUCCAAGAUGAGAGGAAUAAAAGUCCAGCACAAAAAGAAGACAUUGGUACUCUGAGACUGCAGGGAUAUUGCAUAAAUCAGAGCUACGUUUUUGUGGAGAUGUACAGAAAGAUACAAAUGUUGAAGAUGAUGGUUGCUUGUCAUUAUUUUCAUAACAUGA